GGGGACUCAAUGCAAAUCAAUGAACUCCAGAAACUGGGUUGGGAAAUCGAAGUUCGGACUAAUUCGCGCAUACGUUGACAUCGCUAUAUUUUAUGGUAGUAUAUGAUACUAUAUGUCAAAUACAGUAUACCAUUAUAGGCCUACAGUAGCCUAUAGUAAGCCUAGUAGUCUUUGCUUUAGUAUAGCAAAGAGACGAUUUUUUUUUACAAACACAUCUAUAUGUAGCUAGUCAAAUUUACAACUUCACCUAAACAGCCAUUUGAUACAAAUAGUUUUAAAUAAAUUAGUAAAACAAUCGAUCUUGGGUCUUUGGAAACCGAUAAUGAUUUUUGCGAAUUCUUGCAACCCAUUGAGGACUCCGUAUCGUAAGCAGCCACCUGCAGCCCUUUCCUCACACCCCAUGGCUCCACCCAUCCCCAGCACCAACAGCAGCACCAACAACAGCAGUAGCUCCAGCACUGCAGGCUGGGAGCAGCUCAGUAAAACCAACCUGUACAUCCGAGGCCUUCCCCCAGCCACGACCGACCACGAUCUGGUCAAGCUCUGCCAGCCGUAUGGCAAAAUUGUGUCAACAAAGGCCAUCCUGGAUAAGACGACAAACAAAUGUAAAGGUUACGGCUUUGUGGACUUCGACAGCCCUGCUGCAGCUCAGAAAGCCGUCACUGCCCUGAAGACCAGUGGGGUCCAAGCCCAGAUGGCUAAGGUGAGGCAACAAGAACAAGACCCCACCAACCUGUAUAUCUCCAACCUGCCGCUGUCGAUGGACGAGCAGGAGCUGGAAAACAUGCUGAAACCAUUUGGCCAAGUCAUCUCUACCCGGAUACUGAGGGACUCCAAUGGAGCCAGUAGAGGAGUGGGCUUUGCAAGGAUGGAGUCGACAGAUAAAUGUGAUGCCGUUAUCUCUCACUUCAACGGGAAGUUUAUUAAGACACCACCUGGAGUUCCUGCGCCACCGGAGCCCUUGCUGUGCAAGUUUGCUGACGGCGGGCAGAAAAAGAGGCAAAGCCAGAAUAAAUUUGUGCAAAACAGCCGCGCGUGGGCUAGAGACGGCGAUGCUAGACUGGCUGGAAUGACCCUCACGUACGACCCCACCACAGCUGCUAUGCAAAACGGAUUUUAUGUGUCGCCGUACAGCAUCGGAAACAGGAUGAUCUCUCAAACGUCCAUGUCUCCAUAUAUCUCCCCUCUCUCCACGUAUCAGGUACAGAAUCCCUCCUGGGUUACUCACCAGCCCUACAUCAUGCAGCACCCAGGAGCGGUGAUAUCGCCCUCUAUGGACCAUACUAUGUCACUACAGCCUACAUCCAUGAUGAGCCCUCUCACUCAGCAGAUGAGUCACCUCUCCAUGGGCAGCACUGGAACGUAUAUGGCUGCAAACUCUAUGCAAGGAGCCUAUAUUCCCCAGUAUGCACACAUGCAGACGGCAAAUGUUCCAGUGGAGGACAACAGUCAGCAACAACAGAUGGAGUCAUCCGGUGAUCAUUCUCCUUACACCUACCAACAAACCAAGUAACACGGAGGUGUGGUAGGAGCCCAGAAGAAUGAGUUGUAUGACAGCUGAAACAAUCAUGGCUUCCUCUGGUGAUGGAUUGUGCGUUAAGGAUUUAUCCCAGUUUUGCACAGGUUCCGCAAUGAUUUCCUUUUGUUUGUGAUAAGAAAAACAAGUGAGACUGUUCUGUUAUAAGUUCCAUGAGGUGCAAAUAAGAGAUUCAUUUCAUCGAAGGAUACUAUAAUUCUCAAAAAAAGAAUAAAAAAAAUAGUUGUAUUUUAAUAAAGAAAGAAUGUUUAUUUUUUACCGAGGAUUGUCACAUGGAUGCAAGAACCUAGAGCGGAUCAUGUGACUUGUUGUUUAAGGUGCAUGAUAGUAAAGAUGUCUUUUGUUAAUAUUGUUUAUGAUUUCAAUUUUUUUUUUCUCUUAUUUUGUACUGAAAUAGAUUUUUCUGAGGAUUUAUUAGCCAGACAUCUUGAAAAUGAUGUUUUGUGCUUGCUGUGUGAGUGUUGCUAUGGUGACGUGUUCAAUGUUUUUUCUUGUAAAGUGAUUUAUCUUAGUGGUCUAGAUUGAUCUUUCUGUCUCAUACAAUUUGCCUUAAAAAAUUUCCAUACAGUAGCUGUAUAGGCAACCUCCGAGGCUAGAAAUGAGCAAGAAAUGUUAAGAGCUAUUGCCUUUUAAAUCAGCUAAAUAGGGCUUUUCCUUUGAGUAUAACUUAUAAAAUCUGCUGUGUUUAGAGAUGUAGGAUCUUAAUUUGAUCACCCUGUUGCCAGAGAACUUUCCUGCAAUGCAGGACAUUUUAAACUUGUGGUGUAUUUGAGUUUUCAAAAAGCUUCUGAAGUGUGUAAUUUCCAUUUUGUAAUUUCCCUUUUGAAAAUUAUAUUAACCACUACAAAAAUGUCCAUUCAUUAUAAUCCACAUAACAAUUCACAUUUCCUAUUGCUGCUGGAUUAUUUUCCUGCUGUAGCAAACUGGCUCAAAUAAAGAUCCUACAUCUGUAUGUGUUUUGCUUUUCCCCUCUAAAAAUUAAUCUAAAGUAGAAGUAUUUGAAAAAAAAUGUUUCAAGUGAAACGACCCUCUGAAUCUGAUGAUGAUUUUGAAUAGGAUGUCAUGUUUGUAUUAUCUGAGGGCCUUAAAGGUCUUUGGUUGUUGAAUGUGGUAGAUAUCCUGCUGAAUGAUCACAUUUUGAAUUUUGCCUUUCAAUUACUUGGUGUUGUAGAUUAGCCUAAAAUGAACUUCUUGGGGUGGGGAUGGAAUAAGGGAGGGCGUGGUUGUGUCUUUUUUGGGAGAUGUUGUCGUUCUCUGUCAGCUUGGCAGGAUGUUUCUUUUUCACUUUCAGUUGAAAUGCAAACAGGCAAACUUGGAUAUAUUAUUGUGCAAAAAAAAAUAUCAAAGCCUUCACGUACAACAUGGAGUUUGAGUUGGGGAAAAACGGAGAUUAAAAUGUCGAUUUUAUUGCACCUAGCUCUUUGAUAGGAAACAAACAAGCUCGGCACUUCCAAUUAUAGUUUACUUCACCAAAGAACUGAGCUAGUAAAUUGAGGAAAGUGUAAUUUCUCUCUCACAGGGAUGUGAUUGACUUUUUGCCAGACUAGAUUGCAGUUUGGAAAAUGUGCCUUUUUUUGUACAUUUACUUUCAGUUUUCAUACGUUUUAUGAAAGUAUGGACACAAACAAGCUUGAAGGACGAUUUGGAUCCAACAAAUGCCACACGCUGAUUUCAUCACUACAGAAAAAUGGAAAAUGCAGUGUUAGAAAUACAAAGAAGGCAGUUUGAAACUAUGAAAUUACAAAAAAAAUCGUAUAAUUAUCUGUUUUGACAUUGUGCAACAGAUAAUGUUAUUGCUAAAAGUUUGAUUAUUUUUUAUCAUAGUAGAUUUGAACAGGCUUUAUGAUUGAGUUGUCUUCCAGAAGCCCGUGUUCUGUCCUGAUGGUCGGACAGACUGACCAGUUAUCUACCUCAGAGUUUCGUUUCUCCUCUGUAUUGGGCCGGGUUAGCAGGUCCAGCCUGCCCUUCCAGACCAAACGCCAUGCUCAGGAGCUGGCAAUAUACACUUGUUUUCUUUCAGGUUGUUUUUAAUACUUUUUGAUUUUCUUCACAAAUUUUAUUUUUAUUUUUAAUUAUGAUAUAUUAUUAGAAUCAUUUUGAGGACAAUUGUGCGUUGAGCGUUUUUUAGUUGUGUUCAGACAUUAAGUUUCAUAGUUUCAAAAGUAGAACUGCUGCUUUCAUCACAAGACAUACCAGAGGCUAAUAAAAGUGGUUGAAGACAAACAAAAGCUAAAGCUGAAAGUGGUAUUUCCUGGAUCUGUGACAUCUCCUGAGAACAUCAUUGUUGCUUUGUCAGUCCAGACAGACUUGCAGCAGCAUUUCCUCUGCAGUCAGCUUGAGUUGAGUUACCAAAGUAAAGGGCCAUUGUGACUAUACUAGAGAUUUCUGCGUAAGGCCUGAGAGUGAUAACUAAUUCUGUCGAGUGCUUGUGAGGGUUAUACUGCUAGUAAUGUCUGAACCAAGUGCCAUACUGCGUCUGGAUCAAGGGUUUGGAAAGGUUCAUAAAUAAAGAAAAAUGCUCAUUUAAUCAACCAUCGUGUUAAAAAGUCAUUAAGUUAUAUUGAAAAGUAAUAAUUUAUGAAGAAAGACGUUUUGUACAGAUCGUUUUGAAGAAAUAAAAGAUUUUCAUAGAGAUAUCUAUAUGAGAGUUAAUUUUUUAUUUUGUUUUACAUGUGCCACACAUUUCCCAGUGGUAACAUAUGUCCAGUUUAAGGAAACCAUCCUCUGUGUUUUUGUUUUAUAGUGUUUGUUAAAGCCAAAAAUAUUUUCAGUAGAUUGUUACAUAAGCUUUAUUUCUGUUCAUUUCUUAGAUUUUUUUUUUUUUUUUAAUAAAAACUUAAAUUGGA